UGCUAAUGGGCUAUACUAAGAAUGCACUGAAAAUGUAAUGAUUGAAAAUUCAUCGUAAUGAUAAUAAUAUUUACAACAAUAUUCCACCCCCUCCCCGCUGCCUGGUGGCAUUGACCCUCUACAAAACCCAUGGUGUGGCUUGAUCGGAUUACUGUUGACAAACACCUUGCUUUCUCGUUAAAGCCGUCGAAGGAUACAUUAAACCGAGCACUUUUAGCCAUAUAAGUUGCGAAGGUUUUACAGUACCUUAUGGAGGGCACAUUGGAUAUGCUUUAAACCGGCGAGACCGCAAUUUAAGUUUCGUUCGUAAUCACAAGUGGAACAAUGGCGGACAGUGCCAGUGAGCUGGAGAGUGACACGAGCUCAAUAGAUGGAGGUCCUACCCUCAAGCCUCCAUCUCCUGCUCAUAUUGAACAGCUUCAAAAGAGAAUUGAAUCUCUUCAACAAGAGAAUAGAGUCUUGAAAAUGGAACUUGACUCGUACAAGGCGAAAUGUAAAGCACUGCAAGAGGAAAACAGAGAGUUGCGCAAAGCCAGCGUUUCCAUCCAAGCCAAAGCAGAGCAGGAGGAAGAAUUCAUAAGCAACACCUUGCUGAAAGAAAUUCACUCACUGAAAAAGGAAAAGGAACGUUUGGCUAUGAAUUACGAGCAGGAAGAGGAAUACCUCACAAAUGACCUCUCCAGAAAAUUGUUCAAGCUUCGUCAGGAAAAAAUUGAACUGGAGGAGACUCUUGAAAAGGAGCAAGAAGCACAGAUCAACAAACUUAUGCGCAAAAUUGAGAAACUUGAAGCAGACACCUACAGCAAGCAGCAGACCCUGGAACAGCUGCGGCGUGAGAAGGUUGAGCUUGAAAAUGCUUUGGAACAGGAGCAGGAGUCUUUAGUGAACCGCUUGUGGAAGCGAAUGGACAAACUGGAGGCAGAAAAACGUCUUCUGCAGGAAAAACUAGAUCAGCCUGUGUCAUCCCCUCCUUCACCAAGAGACAUCAGCAAUGGGGAUGCUGCCAAGAAUCUAGUGCAGCACAUUGAGAAUUUGCGAGGAGAGGUCUCAGCACUUAAGGAGCAACUUAGGGCUGCCCAGAUUGAGCAUGCAGAGAAAAUGGCACAAUAUGCUCAAGAAGAGCGUCAGAUCCGUGAAGAAAAUCUGCGUUUGCAGCGCAGGCUUCAGCUAGAAAUGGAACGGCGAGAAAAUUUGUGCCGGCACCUUUCAGAAAGUGAAUCAAGCCUUGAAAUGGAUGAUGAAAGACACUUUAAUGAGAUGACAAAGCAACAUGAAUGUGGCAUGUCUCGGCCACGCACCGUGUCUAGUCCAAUUCCUUACAAUUCGGCUAACCCUCCAAGGUCAAUGUCUCCAGCUGGUACAUAUGUGGCAGCCAAAAGCCCCCCUAGUCCAAUGCGACGCUCAGCACCAGGUCAGCAAAGCCAGCCAUUCCAUCCUCCCAUGCAGCCACCUUCUCACACAUCAGGCUACAUGAUACCGUUGACAUCAGGAGCUAACCCUCAUACCAGCACGUACACAGGCCACCAUCCCAGUGCCUUUGUACCCAGCACAUCUCCCCCAAUGUUUUCGGGCAUUCAUAUGGCUGGUAUUCAGCGACCUAAGGUCCAGGAGAAGUUUGCCAAACCAACAGGAUUCCCCAGUGACAAGAACGAGAAGACAUGAGUGGUCUGCAGUGGGACUGAGCUAAGGUGGGCUCUUUAACACUGCAAUGUCAGGCACCACACUGCUAACCACAUGGUUGCACUGGUAUGGGAGUUGAGUCAUCUUGUGCAACAAAACAACUUCCCUGUCUCUGCCAUCUGCUCUUUGUCGGUGCUAAUGGCCUUCAGAGGGGGGGAUAUUUGCUGUUUUUGUUUUGUUCCCGUACUCCCCCAGGUCUCCCACUUUUCAAAAUUAAAAUCCUGAAAUUUAAGUUAUUGUACAGGUGACUGUUCCAUCUGCUAACGAUGCCAGCAGGUGUUAUGUGGUUUUUGUUCAAUCCACUGUGACACACUGGUCUUGUUAUUCUCAGUCAACAAAACGUUUUUCUUAAAUGCUUGGGAAGAUUUUUCUCACACACCACUAGCCAUGGUGCUUUCUAACCCAGGUGUGCUUUGCAUUUGUGCGUACACCUAUUUUCAUGAAUUGGUCCUUUUAAUUUAAUUUUUUUUUAAAGUUAUGUCAUUUGUUUAAAUUGAGCAGUGUCUGCUUUGAACGAUGCCACCGUCCUAGCAUGUUAUCUGUAAAAUAUUUCUUGUACACAGGAGAGAUUGUGAUAUACCAGUUGUUUUGUGGUCAUAAAAUAACAGCCAAAUAAAAGGAAGUCACAAUUUUUGACAGAUCAUAAGUCGUUGAUCUCUGUCAGAUAUUAUGUUCCUUACAAGAUUGCAGAAUGGUACUUGAAGGAGCUGGAUGCGCAGUCUUUGAAAUUUCAAUCUUCCCAAAGGGGCUACCAUUAGAACACAAAGAUAGAUAAAAGAUAUGUUCUGUUUGAGACCUGUGUUACAAAAUUUUUGCAAAUUGUUCCCUUUAAGUAUUCCAAGAACUGCAUAUGUGAUUGCUACUGCCAAUGCAGACAGAUGAAUUAUGACACAUUACAUAUGCUUACAGGUGGUUUUUAUCAUUCCUUCAAACUGCUGUUAUUUCUUGCUCUUUUUGCAACAGCCUGUGUGCUGGCUUAGUUAAGCCUGCUGCAUAGAACAGUUAUUUUGUCAGACCAAAGAGUACAUACAUCAACAACCUGUUAUGAGACAGCAGCUGCUUAUGUUUUCUGAACUGAUUGUAAUAAAUUAAGCAAAGUUGCUACUUGGGCUGGGGGAAAAUAAACUGCACCAGCUGUGCAUUAGUUUUCUGGAAAUUACAACAUUCAAGAUCCAAGAUGUGCAAGUGUGUGAUUGUUCACAGAGUACCUAUUGUUGAUUUUUGUGACCGGCACUGCUAAGGGUAAAGGAGCAAGCCAGGCCAUUUGAGUUUGUUUUUGGAUUUGUUUUAGUGGAUUUUCAUUCCAAUGGCAGGGUAAUGCUGUACAGAUUAUAAAUUUUCUGGUACCCUACAUCAAACUAUGGUUAGUUUUGAUUAUAGGGUUAUAAUCUUUUAUAAUUAAGCAUUUGGUUUCAAAUAGCAAGGUGUAAUUUAGUAACAAUUAGGUUCCUUAGAUGUGGCAUUUGGUGGCAUCGUUGACUUUAGGCAGACAGCUGUCAUAUUGGUUUGCUAGACAGCUCAAAUUCAAACCAAAAUGGGCUAAUCUGAAAGCUUCGUUACCAUGGCAUCUUGACUAUCAAGCCAGUUCACAUAUUUUGUGUGAUUUUCCUAUUGACUUUGUGUUAUUGGCAUUGUAAAGAGGUGUUUCAUGUCAUGCAUGGAUUCUCAUUACCUACUUUUGUAUGGGUGGGUGAGUUUUAUUGCAUUUUUGUGAUUAUGUUGCAUCACGAAUAAUUUAGAUUUGAUGUUAAUUGGUUUUCAGAUUUGUUUUCAGAGUAGGGAAUGUUUUGAGGAUAGAGUUAAAUAGGAUCAACUAAAGCAGGGGUGCCCAGCCUAUGGGCCACGGGCCACAUCUUGCUUGCGGAGAUGCCUCAUCUGGCCCGCUCAUUUUAACCAAACACAACAUAAUUUUAUUUUUAACGUCAUGGUUGUGGCAAAACUGCCAUGUUCUGGCCUGCAAGAUUUUAUAUCAUGUCAAGUGCGGCCCUUGGGCAAGAAAAGGUUGAGCACCACUGGACUAAAGCAUAGCCAGAAAUCAAGAGCUUGUUUGUGAUUAGAUUUUCAAAUUUUGCCAGUCUUCUAUGAAAGAUGCAAUGAAAAAACACCUGAAAGAAUGUUGUAAAUUCUUGACAGAUGUGGUAUAUUUCUAGAUCUUCUAGUCAUUCAAGGUAUUUAGAAGGGGAAAAAAUGAAAUUAUAACAGACUUAUGAAGAUGGCAUGGGCUUCAUGAUUCAUUUUUUCCCAAAAUAAAAUGGUUGAAGUCCCUAAAAGUUACAAUUUGCAUGAAAUAUUAGCACGUUUACGAGAAUCUCCUUAUUUUUUUUGCCAUGUUUGAGAUCCAGAUUCUGUAUUUGUGAGACCUUGAUGGAACAGUUAUGUGUUUGGGUGUACACAUCAAAGCAGAGAAAUGUUGAUCAUAGAUCUAAAGUUUUUUUUAAAAAAAAUUUGCCAUCUUUCCCAGUCAUGAUAUUGGACAUUGAUGAUGAAAUUCUUCCCAUAGUUAAUAGGGCAUUUGAAGAGCAUAACAUUUAUUUCGACAAGCCCACUAGAUAGUUGUCAGAAGUAACUGAUACUGGAGGCCAAAGACUUUAGACUAGGGGGAAAAAUAGCACAGCUAAAGCAUGAUCAAAACUUUUAAUUCUAUCAUGCAUACAAUUUAAACUUGUGAAGGUUGUAAGUUUUGUGAACAAAGCUCUCAUCACUUGCCUAAAGAACAGCAGACUGUGUCACACAGGUACAUAAGUUGUUUACAAAACAUUGAGGUUGAAAUUACAGAAUGUUACUUUCACGAUUUUCUGUAACGCUUCACCUGCCAUGUUGAAAAGAUAGGCUUUAUAGCUACAUCACAAAGUUUUCAGGGCUGUUGUAUCUUUGUCUCGUUGUGAUCAAAUACCCAUUGGGGUUGAAAAUUGUUUUACAGAAAAUUUUGAUUAUGGAACAUUGUACACGCCCACAAUAGGGGGAUCAGAAAUAGAAAAUUGGCUUAGUUGCAUUGCGAGUGCAGAAUAUGAAGAAAGCUGGGCUUUGUGAACUUUGACCAUUAACAUCAAUCUUUAAAUAGCAGAGGUACAGAUUUCUGAUUCAUGUUUGUGAUUUUUAUUAUGAAAAAGAUGCAUACCACAGAUUUGGUAUCUGGGAGGUUCACUUGGCCUGCUUUGCCAGUAAUUCUCAGACAUAAGCUUCAGGGAUAUGGAACAGCUGUCUUAAGGCUUUUUCUUGGAUUUUUUUCCCUUUUUUGUUUUGCACCUAAAGCUUGUGUAAAUAUGUAUACAUGCUAACAUAUAUAUUUGGUUUGUCUCUAAACACACACACAGACUCCCAUCCAUGAUCACAUGUACAUCCCCAGUUUAAUGAAAAACAAGCCAAGCAGGUGCAGGUUUUGGACAAAGAAUAUCUGUGAUGUUUUGCCUUCCACAGUGGCUUGAGGCAUAUCAAGGUUUGUAUGAGUAGUUGUUGUUGGUUACUUGCCCUGCUGCAAUGUGUAUGUGCUGCUAGCUGUAGUUUACUCCAGUUAUCAGAUCUGUCUUGAACUUGUUAAAAUCUCUUCUAUUGUAAAUCAGCUACUGAACCGUGAUAAGCUUUAUGGUAGAUUAGCACAGAGGGUAGGCCUUUAUUACAAAGAUCGCUGUUUUUUAUGUACACACUUAAACUAUAGCAUAAAGUAAGAUGUACAAAAGCAUUAUAAUUUUCAAAAGCUGUUUAUUUAAUUAUGUUGUAAUGCUUAAAUGACUCUUUGUCAUUUUUGCUAUGAACCCACUUUACCUCCAAAGUGGCACAUCACAUUGAUUCAUAUAUACAUUCUUGUUUUUAGAGGCAGACAUCAGGCUUGAAAGACGUUUUAAAAAAAGCAUUUAUUUUAUAUAGGAGAAUGAAAAUAAACUAGAAAAAGUGAUCAUGUAAAUCAGUUUGUUUAUAAUUGAUUUAAGAACAAAUAAUUUCAUAGAAGCAGAACCUGAAUUGGUCAUGUAAAACUGCAUGGUUUUCUUGUGAUAAGGAAAAAGUGAAAAAAGAAAAAUGUAUAUGCAGGUAAAUUGCAUAGUGAUAGCAUGUCUUAACCAUGGAGUACUGGUCUAUGAGGUUGCUUAUUUCAAACUCUGUGGAUAGAUUGUCUUUGUACAUUGGAGAGAUGGCCUCCAUGUAAAAUUACCUGAAUUAUCGGAUAAUUCCUAUCAGUGUUAGACAGUUUUGUUCGUUGUCACCUUUUCCUCAGUUUGUGUAUGUGGUGUUGCUUCUGAGAUCAGUUGACUUUGUUGAUGGUGUGCACAGAAGUAAACUGAAUGAGAGGACAAGUCCUCUGCCUUUUUCUAGAUCUGUUGUUGCAUUGAUGCUGUGUGUUCAUGGCCAACAUUCUCUCUAAAGUUCCCAGGAAUGUAGGUAACAAUUUGGGAUUAUAAGCUUAUAUGGCUACAACUUAGGCUGGUUGUGUCAUUGGUCAUUUGUACAGCAGAUCAUCUGUGAUUGCAGAGUUGUUGCUUUUUGCAUUCAAUGCAGUGUAGCUUAAAAGCUUGGGUUUUUAGAGGAGGUCCUGUCAAGUUAGUAAUCACAAGCAUGAGGAUUAUUUUGUUAGCACAAGUGAGGUGUCAGAUGUUUCCGUGCGACUGCCAAUGAAACUUUGGAAAUAAAGUUUGAAGCAAAG